AGACUUUGACCAGACCUUCCAGGAAGGUGAAAGUAACGUAAAUACUACUCACUGUAUUAUCAUACGUCAAAUUUUCCCGCGAACAAAUCAACUGUCAACGUUUGUAAACUGGAUAUGUUUUCAGCUGAAACCGAAGAAUGAUUUGGAGUACAUUGCUGUAAUUAUUUAUAGUUUAAAUGUAUGUGUCGAUUACUUUAAUUAAACCACACCCAUACAACAGUUUUAACAGGUGAGGUCACGUCAACUGCUGUCACAAUACCGUGCGUUGUUCCUCGGCAGGACACACUUGAUGUCAUGGCCGUUCCUUUGCCAAAUGACAGCAGUAAUGCAGCAUUUAGCUGGUUUACAGAAUACCAGCGCAGCUGCAUUUUGGAGAAUGGAAUUGUUCCUGAAUGGUUUCAUGGCAUCAUAUCCAGGAAAGCUGCAGAGGAAAUGCUGAUGUGCAAGCCGGCUGGUUACUUCCUUAUUCGUGUUAGCGAAAGCAGAGUGGGUUAUACAUUAUCUUAUCGAGCUGAAGAUCGAUGCCGACACUUUAUGAUCAACGUAUUGCCAGAUAACCAGUUUAUGAUAGUGGGAGAAAAGACGGUGUAUUGUUCCCUUCAUGACUUGGUGGCUUUCCAUCGCAGAUGCCCUAUUCUCCCCUACAAUGAAUUGCUCACUGUGGCCUGUGAACAGGGCGGCAAAACUAACUAUGUUGAGCUGUUAUUUCCUCAAAAGAAAGAUGUAAGCCAUAGGCAGGUUGAAUGGAUAAGUUCUUCAACAGCAACAAAUACGCUUCAAUCAAAUAUCUCUGAAGAAAACCAGACUUCACAGCUUCAAAACAAUUCUACAAGUCAUCCUGGGAGACUAUAUCCCAGCUUGGAGACAGAAGUGAGCGCUUUGAAUAUACAGAGCACGGAUCAGCCAACAAAGCCAGUUCCGAAGCCUAGAACAGUAUUUGCUUCUAAAACUCCAACUGAAGAAACACCACCUCAGUUACCGCCCAGAAUGCGCUUGCCAAGCCGCUUACAAACAAGCACAGAGGACAGAUCGCAAGGGUUGAUGCCAGUAAUCCCUGACAGACAGCAAAUCACACCAAACACACCCAAUGAAGGCCGUACCCAACAGAAAAACCAACAGCAGAAACCUGUGGUCCUGAGCCUGGUGCACAUCAAGAAAAAGCUGAAAAAGAAGCGCUCUGAAGAUCACACGUAUGAGGAGAUCGCCGGCGGUUUGUUUCAGAAAGAUGCCACUUCUGCUUUGGAGAGCAUUAACACUAAUGUUGAAGGACUAGUGGAAAAUGACUAUCAGGAGUUAGCUGAACAUCCAAUAUCUGAUGGUAUUCCCAAAUCCAGUGAUAGAAACUUACCAGUGGAGUACCGACAUCCACCGCCUUUUGCACCUGGUUACUAGAUAAAAACAUAAACAAUGCCUUUUAUUGUGAUUUGUUGGGUUGUUAUUUUUAAACAUGCUGCAUUUCAAUUUUGUUUAACGCGUCAUCUGGAAAAACCUGUCUGGCAUGGUUAAAAUCAUUUUAUAAUAGGAACAGUAUGUGCCUGGGGGCAUGAAUUUGAAUAGUUUCAACUUCCUAAAAUCAGGCAUUUUAUAUAAAGGGAGAUUUUAAAAUGCUCUGUAAAUAUUUGCUUUGCACUGCAGUUGGCCAAAAACUGUACAGAUAAUCCAGGAGAGACAAGGAUUUCCUCCAUAUAUCCUACAUUGUGAUGGUGUUAUGGGUAUUGAUGGUUCAGCUGGUUUUCCAUGUAGGUCUUCAGUGCACUUUAUACAUGCUGGGCUGUUUCAACCGAAGUUUGAGUAAAAUAUAGACUAGCCCACCAACUGGGUUAUAUUUUUUUAAAUGUUACAUUUAAAAAAAAAAUUAUCCAAAUUUGUGUUGGAACAGUUUAGAAUAUUUGUAAGUCUUGGCUGGUAAAAGGUGGCAAGAAAAUAUCUUCACAUCAGUACACCACCUCCCUAAUCAUUGAUACUGGGCAAAAUGGAUCCAUGCUUUCAUGCCAAAUCAAGACUCAUUACACUUUACCCAGGUGACCCUAUUCCAAUCUUCUAAUGUCCAUAUUUGGUGAUAUCAUGUGAAUUGUAAGCCUCGGUUUGCUGUUCUCAGCUGACAGAGAGUUUUUUUCUGCUGCUGUAGCUCAUCUGCUUCAAUGUUCGAUGAAUUGUGUGUCCAUAAAUGCUCUUCAUUUAUAA